AUGGUCGCUCCACCACGCACGUUUACGGAUUUACUCCUAUCGCAUUGGCGCGAUACCUCGUCAUCGUCCAAGGCUCCGCUGGAAGUCGGCGGAGGGGACCUGACCAUCGCCGAUGUCGUGGCAGUAUCGAGGCACCUGGCACGCGUGGCGCUCAUCCCGGCGUCCAUCGCCGCCAUCGAAGCGGGCAGCAAAGUCAUACCGGAGAAGCUCGCCCAGGGCGAGGUCAUCUACGGUGUCAACACGGGGUUCGGCGGCACUGCCGAUGUACGGUCCGACGACGUCGAGGGGGUCCAGCAAAGCCUGAUCAGCCACCUGACGUGCGGCAUCGUUGCGGACGGCAAAACGGAGGAUACGGCCCUGGGCCGCAGUAAUGGACAUGCAAACCGAAGCAACGGCGAGGCCCAUCCCGCCAACGGCUGUGAGAAAUCGAACGGGCAGCAAGCGCAGAAACAGCAACGAGAAUCGGCGCCGGCCCCGCUUCCCCUGAACGACGCCCUCGCGGCUACUUGCAUGCCCGAGUCAUGGGCGAGGGCAUCUAUGCUCAUCCGCCUGAACUCCCUGGCCGGUGGCGCCUCGGGCAUCCGGGUCGACAUCGCCGAGUCUCUGGUGGAGCUCCUGAACGAGGACGUCGUCCCGCGCAUCCCCGUCCGCGGGAGCAUCUCGGCCUCGGGAGACCUCAGCGCGCUGGCGUGGAUCUGCGCGGUGAUGCAGGGCAAGACAUCCGCCACGGCCUUCAGCGGCCGGCGCGAUGUCAAGGGGGCCAGAAGAGUGACGAGGGCCGACGCCGCCCUGUCGGAGGCCGGCAUAGCGCCCAUCGGCCUGCUCGCCAAGGAGGGCCUCGCCAUUGUCAACGGUACGGCCGUGUCAGCCGGGGUGGCUGCUCUUGCGGCCCACGAGUCCCUCCACCUCGCAGCCCUGUCGCAGGUGCUGACGGCCAUGAGCGUCGAGGCGCUGCGCGGCAGUGACGAGAGCUUCGAGCCCUUCAUCGCGCGGGUGCGGCCGCACCCCGGGCAGACGGACAGCGCGAGGAACAUCAAGGCCUUCCUGGCCGGGUCACGGCUGCUCAACCGGCACGACAGCCGCGACGUGGCGACGCUGCGCCAGGACCGCUACUCGCUGCGGACGGCGAGCCAGUGGAUCGGCCCCGUGCUCGAGGACUUUGGCCUGGCGUACGACCAGCUGACGGUCGAGAUCAACUCGGUGACGGACAACCCGCUGGUCGACACGGCGGCCGGCCGCGUGCUCCACGGCGGCAACUUUCAGGCGCGCGCCGUCACGUCGGCGGUCGAGAAGCUGCGCCAGGGCCUCCAGGGCAUCGGCCGCAUGCUCUUCACCCAGUGCACCGAGAUGAUCAACCCAGCCACGAGCUGGGGCCUGCCGCCGAACCUAUGCUCCGACGACGCUGGCACCUCGUUCCUGUUCAAGGGGCUGGACGUUGUCGUCGCCGCCCUCGCCUCGGAGCUGGGCUUCCUGGCCAACCCCGUCGGCUCGCACGUCCAGACCGCUGAGAUGGGCAACCAGUCCCUCAACUCCCUGGCGCUCGUGUCGGCCCGGUACACGCUCGAGGCCGUCGACGUGCUGUCCCAGAUGGCCUCGGCCCACCUCCUGGCGCUGUGCCAGGCCCUCGACCUGCGCACCAUCGAGAUCGAGGGGCGCAAUGACGACGCUGUGCCGCCCAACGCGACGCCCUACAUCGGCCAGGCCUCGCGACGCAUGUACCGCUUCGUCCGGAAGGAGCUCGGUAUCCCCUUCCUGGGCGAAGCGCACCUGGCGUCGACGGAGGCUGUGACGCCGGACGGGGUCACGCCGAGCAUCGGGCUCUAUAAUACGCGGGUCUACGAGUCCAUCAGGUCCGGACGACUGUAUGCCGUCGUUCUAGAGAUCCUGAAAGAGGCGGAGCAGCAGCGGCCCACGAAUGGAAAUCACGUUUAA